UGUUAUUAUUUUUAUUAUUAUUAAAAUCCACAGACUGUUUUGGGAGAAAAGGAUUGUGUGGACUGGAUUUAUUUACUGCACCACUGCACCUGAUCGCACUUGGUGUCAAGAAGUGGGAUUAUAAAUGGACCCAACCGCAUUGGCAGCGCUGUUGGAGGCGCAGGAGCGGAGGCAUCAGGAAUCAUUGACGGCCAUGAUGGAAAGGAUGCAUGGCUUGUUCCUGGAGGCCAAUCGGGGGAGGGAACCGGCGGUUCAACCAGCAGUACCCCUACCAAGGGUAAGGGUAGUGAAGAUGUCGCUGGAGGAUGACCCUGAGGCUUACUUAGUUGCCUUUGAAAGGCAGGCAACAGCAGCUCAGUGGCCUCGGGAGUGGUGGGCUACCCAGUUGGGCCCCAAUUUGAUCGGAGAGGCCCAGGCAGCCUACCAAGCCUUGACACAUGAGCAAGCCCUGGUGUACGACCAGGUGAAGCAGGCCAUUCUCCAGCGGCUGGACAUCACAGAGGAGACACAUCGCCGCCGGUUCCGGGAGUACCAGCGCCCCCCAGGACUGCGACCCCGCGUGGUGGCCCAGCAACUAGUGGAUCAUGUGACCCGGUGGCUCUGCCCCGGCACCAACGAUGCAGAAAAAAUCACCGAGCUGAUUGCCAUAGAGCAGUUCGUGAAGGUGCUGGGGCCGGACACCCAGAACUGGGUCACCAGGCAUCGACCCACCACGCUAGAGGCAGCAGUCCGAUUGGCUGAGGGGUAUGAGGAUGCCUUGGCAUCAGCUCCUGUGGUCGUUACCCCCGCUCCUCCCUCCAACCGACCCCGGACAGGACCGACUCCAAGGACAGGACCCCCACAGCACUUCACCCCCUCCCCCCACGGGGCUACUUCUCAUCGGCACCCCACGGGUGGCCUUCCUCCACCCCAAUGGAGGGCGAGGUCGACCCCCAGCGGGGUGAGAGCAGAGAACCCCUCCCCACUGCCGAACCGGCAGCGGGACACGCAAGCUCCGUGGGCGCCCUUUCACCCCACGUGUUACCGGUGCCAUGAGGUCGGCCACCUUGCGCGGAAUUGUCCGGCGGCGAUGGAAUGUGGUGCGGCCUCCCAUUACCUACCAACAGCACCAGAGGAGGAGUGAGCCGCGGACCGGCGAUUGAUAAAGAGCACGUCCUUGCACUGCACAGCACAGCACAGCACAGCACAGCACCACUCACGGCACCACGCUUCUCUGGAGCGAGAGCACUGCGCGCACAGAGAACGCGGGGACGGACAAAGUCCCGUUUUUGUUUAUUUUUAGAAAAGCUGCCGUGUACC